CUGAGAAGGAGGAGUCCUUGUUUGUUUCGCAUGAAACAAAAGUGAACGUUCUGAAGAGAGAGAACACCGAGGAGGAGAGUCGGGGAACGACAGAGAGAUCAUCACUCGGACUGAGGAGCAUCGACGCUGCAGAGCACGACACUGAACACGUUCGACAUGAGCCUCCAGGUUUGUGUGUGUGGUUGGUCCAAAGUGACGAGUUACCACGGCCUGAGGAUCCACCAGGGGAAGAUGGGAUGCAUGCAGAAUGGAGUGAUGGACCCAGAGAGGAGGAGUUACCCUCGUCAAACCCCCCCCACGGGACGUCCAAUCCAGCUGAGCGAGCCUGAUAACUUUAUUCCUCCUCCCAUCGACCAUUCACCGCAGACACUCACCGGCCACAUUCAUCCAGCAGCUGCCGUCAUCACCGCGGCCGAGACAAGAGAACCAUUUUUCCAGACUCCUGAGCCCCCCCCACGUCAUCAAACCGCCACCAACACGUACCGACCUCGUCGAGCGCUCGAGUUCUCCACCGGCGCCGAGCAGACGACGCCUCCAACGACCGCCGUCCAUCCAACAGAGGAGGAAGAAGAGGAGCAGAGGGAGGCGGAAAAACUGCGCAUGAAGGCUGAGCUACAGUGCAGAGUUCAUAUUAGGAAACUCAAGAUGGCAGAAUUGGAAUUAUCUGUGAAAGGCUUGAAGGUUAGCUUGGACACCGAGUGGCUGGAGAUCAACAACGUCUUCUCCGAGGUGAAGAACGUCGUGAAGGACGCUCAGCAAAGAGCUCUGCAGCCUCUGAAGGAGAGGAAACAAAGUGUAAAGAGAGAAGGAAAGGAUCUGCUUCAGAGGCUGAAAAGAGAAACUGUCAAACUCCAGAAGACCAUCGCUGAGUUGGACGGAAACCUAGACCUUCAGAUCUCUCUGGAUGAAGCCACGGAUUGGAACAACACAAGUGUUGAUACUUUGGAGGGAGGAUUAUGUUCUCCUCUACCGAUGAUACUCCUCUCGAAUGUCAACUCACUGAGCAACAAGAUGGAUGAACUGCGCCUUCUCAUCACGACAAAUAGAGACUUUGCUCUUUCUUCUUUUUUGUGUUUUACGGAAUCGUGGCUGACCAAAGAUACACCGGUCUCUGACGUAGAGCUGACCGGCUUUCAGCUGUUACGUGCAGACUGCGACCCGAAACGCUCAGGCAAAAAGAGAGGUGGAGGGAUUUGUUUCUAUAUAAACCAUGGCUGGUGCAGCGACGUGACAGAGAUUUUAAAAUCCUGUUCUCCGGACCUGGAAACCUUUUUCAUCGACUGCAGACCGUUCUACUCUCCUCAUGAAUUCACCUCUUUUAUUCUGGCCGGAGUUUACAUUCAUCCGAAAGCUAACGUGCGCGAGGCUCAACGACAACUCGCAGAGCAGAUACAAGGAGUGAAGAGAAGGAGAGAGCACAAGACUUCCACUGUCAUUAUCCUUGGGGACUUUAAUAAGGCCAACUUACCUCAGGAACUCCACGAAUACGAACAGUUUGUCAAAUGCCCGACUAGGGGGAAGAAAACUCUGGACCACUGCUACAGCACCAUCAACAAGGCGUAUCAUGCAGUUUCCCAUGCUGCUCUGGGUCUAUCCGACCACAAUCUCAUUCACCUGAUCCCGGCUUCCAGACAGAAACCUGAUGUGCUGAGAUGUCAGAACUGGAGCAGCAGAGAAGCUGUGGAUGAGCUGCGUGACUCCCUGGACAACACAGACUGGGAAACUUUUAGAACUGCUUCUAACAGCCUGGAAGAAUACACAGAUGCUGUGACGUCCUACAUCAGCUUCUGUGAAGACAGAUGUAUUCCGACACAGACCUGGGUGAGUUACAACAACGACAAGCCCUGGUUCACAGCAGAACUCAAACAGCGUUAUUUGGAGAAAGAGGCGGCCUUCAAGAGUGGGGACAUGGAUGAGUUCAAACUGAUUAAAAACUUGUUUGUUGAGGAGAUGAAGAAGGCCAAACAACAGUAUAAAAAGAAGCUGAACCAACAACUUGCUGCAAAACCAAAUUCCCCCAAGACCUUAAACUUGCAAACGACCUGAAUAACUUUUACUGCAGAUUCGACAGACGAUGGACCAGUUCUAACCCUAACCCACAUUCCCAACCCCCCUCCACAGCUAUCACACCUCUUUUUCCCAGCCUGCACAAAGACACCCACAAAAUGGUCCCAGACAGCCCCCCCCCCACACACACACACUAUGGGGUCAAAGGUUUCGCAGCCCUGACAGCUCCACGCGUCCGCCUGUCCCUGAGAGACACACCUCAGAAGGUGGGGGUGUUCGUGGACUACGAGGAGGGUCUCUUGUCCUUCUACGACACGAUCGCUCAGUCUCACAUUCACUCGUUCACUGAGUGUUUGUUCGGUGGAGAGAUCUUCCCGUACUUCAGUCCACAUCUCCAACAAAAUGGUCAGAAUGCAGCUCCUCUGAUCAUCUCCCCUGUAGAAAGACAGUAAAUGAAGCUUGUGUCCGUUACAGUGGCUGAAAAUUACAAUAUAUUAUAUUAUGACAUUAUCAGAGACGCAGAUAAAGAUGGACGACUUGUCUCCACUUCCUCCUGUUAAAAAUAUGAAGGCAAAAUAUGUUGAAUACGGGUGAUGCCUAUAAAUGUCCCCUUGUAGGGAUAAUAAAGAAUCUUAUUUUAUUUUAUUAUCUUAUCUUAUCUUGUGGUUUUUUCAUCAUUUGGAGCCUGAGUCGUUUUAUUUAACAGGUACUUUGACUUUUUGGGUUGGUCCAAGUCCCAUCAAUUAACAUGGAGCUAUGCCCUAUACGCAGCCAGCCACUCGGGGGGCGCUCCAGAUGAUACAGCCCUAAGUGAGCUGACAUGUGUAUGUAGGUGCAUGUGGGUGCUCAGGUGUUCAAGGGCUGAAUUAUAUUUCUUCCAUACAUAAUCAAAUAUAUAUUCCUAAGAUGUUGUUGUCUGUUGGUUGUGGUUUAAUGUAAACUGUAUUUCAUAAAUCAUGUUACAGGAAGAGGGUUUAAAUGACGAGAGCUUUGUUCUAUGUCCUUUAUUUCUGUGGUGUUGGUGUAAACAAAUAAAACUUUAUAACCUGA